AAUUUUAAAGAAUAUUCGGCAUCGAUCCUUAGACGCGCAAGCGCCAACCGGCAGAUUUACCUAGUUUUCGUGACACCGUGUACGCGUACGGUCGAAACCGAGGCGAUCAUCUAUUUUCGUUUUCAUCCAGAAUUUCGAAGCUGCCGAGGUUAAAAACCAAUUGCACUGUGUUACUCCCAGUCUGAACGUAAAUGACACCAAUACCACCUGUACCAGAGAAAAAUAUUCGUCAAUUAAGAAUUUAUGAUUUACAUUUGUCGACACAUAUACAAACACAAAACACAUAAAAAUGUUUAAGAUAUGUAAAUUUCGUUCUGUAUCGUUAGAUGGAUGACAUUCAAUUAGAUUCAAUGUCUGCCAUUCUCGACGCGUGUGGAAAUGAUACUGGAUCCCCCUCGAUAUCAAAGGCUGAGGAUAAUCUAUCCAACAGCGACGGACCACUAAUUAGAGGCUGCAUUCGUCAAAAUAGUUGCAGUAGCGUUCAUAUAAGUUCCGAAAACAUUAAUCGAACAACAAUCGUGUCAUCCUAUACCAUGUCGGCAUCCAACGAGAAGUUAAUAAAACGACGGUAUUGUUUGUGGACCUUAACUUUUAUCCUAGCGAUAAUUGGACUUUGUAAUCUUUUUCUCAACAUCACCGUAAUCGCUGUCCUACGAAUCAGUCAAGGAAUGGAAGCAAUGGAAGUGAUACCUGACGAGAAUCUUGUAAAGUUUUAUGGGAAAACCGACUUGGACAGGAUAUGCUUACAAUCAGGUGUUUGUCAGAGUUACGGAGACGAGCCGAUGGAAAUAUCCGGUAAUGAAGCUGGUGUGCAAAUACGCGUGAAUGUGAAUAACCAUCGAACAGACGAUGAAACGCUUGCUAAAGUAACGAUUUUGUCGAACGGUACCACUAUGUCAAAAGUAGAAUCUUUCGAAGUGAAAGACCCCAGAACCGGCAUUAUUUAUUUCACUACCGAUUUCCCCAAUUUCGGAUUACCUGCAGGAGUGAAGAAAAUCGACGUAAAAAUCGCAGAAACGCACAGAAUCACGUCACCAGUUAACGAAAGUCUUACCGUAAAUUCGGAUGAUCAAAUUUCUAUGCAAGGCGCAGAAGGCGCUAGCAUGGAAAGCAAAGAUAUCGUCUGGAGCGCGGAUACAGAUAUUUUUUUGAGAAGCGUCAACGGAAGCAUUAUCCUUGAUGCAAAAGAUGGUGUCUCUAUCGAUGUAGAAAACAUACCAAUUGCACCACUGUUUCAACAAAAUCCAUCUGGUCAUGAACAAUAUAAAGUUUGCAUUUGCAUGCCACAAGGAAAACUCUUCAAAGUAGCAGUUCGUGCUGGUGUCAGCAGUCGAUCAGUAAAUUGUGCUCGUAUCAAUCGAACUCCGGAAAACGAUCCUUGCUUACGAUAGGAUCGGAGCACCUAGUUUUUUAUUGCAAUCUUGUUAACAUAUCCAACACUGCCAAGUGUACGAAAUUGAAAAGGCAAUAGCUAAUUUGCUAUUUAAAUUAUCGAAUAUUAGUGAAAUAUUUGAAGUAAAUUAAGAAAGAUAUGUUCCCAUAUGAAUAAAUUUAGAAAACAUUGUAGGGACUUAGAUUAUAUAUUAUACUAAUAAUAGAUAGAUAUAAUUCGGAUUUUAUUUGAAAUGUCAUAUACAAGUCAUACAUUUUCAUCACGUAAAAUUAUCGGCACUAGUCGUUAAUAAAAAAUCAUACAUUCUUGAAAUUCGUAUGCAAUACUGAAUACAUUAACUUUUGUAUCAAAUGAUCAAGAUCAUGAAUACAUCAUUAUAGAAAAUAGUACAUAACUUUUGCCCUAUAGUAGCAAGGACAUUAAAUGAAAACACAACUACAAUGAAUAAAAAGCUAAGCACUCUCUGUAA